CAAAAGAGGAGGGGCGUUGCUUUUUCACCCUUGGCCAUUCAGAAUUUUCUCACAUAAAUACUGACAGAGACCCUGCUCUCUCCUCUCCUCUGCACUUGGCCCUCGCUGGGGCUGGUCCUCUUGGGGUGAACAGGGCCAUGGGUGACCUGUUCAUGCUGUGGCUGGCUGUGGCUGUAGUCUGUGCCACCUUCAGUGCCUCUGCCUGGUCAGUGAAUAAUUUCCUGAUGACAGGUCCCAAGGCCUACCUGACCUACACUACCAGCGUGGCCUUGGGAGCCCAGAGUGGCAUUGAGGAAUGUAAGUUCCAGUUUGCUUGGGAACGCUGGAACUGCCCUGAGAAUGCCCUCCAGCUCUCCACCCACAACAGGCUGAGAAGUGCCACCAGAGAGACUUCCUUCAUUCAUGCUAUCAGCUCUGCUGGAGUCAUGUAUACCAUCACCAAAAACUGUAGCAUGGGUGACUUUGAAAACUGUGGCUGUGAUGAGUCAAAAAAAGGAAAAACAGGAGGCCAUGGCUGGAUCUGGGGAGGCUGCAGCGACAAUGUGGAAUUUGGGGAAAGGAUCUCCAAACUCUUUGUGGACAGUUUGGAGAAGGGGAAAGAUGCCAGAGCCCUGAUGAAUCUUCACAACAACAGGGCCGGCAGGCUGGCAGUGAGAGCCACCAUGAGAAGGACCUGCAAAUGUCAUGGCAUCUCAGGGAGCUGCAGUGUCCAGACAUGCUGGCUGCAGCUGGCUGACUUCCGGGAGAUGGGAGGCUACCUAAAGGCCAAGUAUGACCAGGCGCUGAAAAUUGAAAUGGACAAGCGGCACCUAAGGGCUGGCAACAGCGCUGAGGGCCGUUGGAUUCCAACUGAGGCCUUCCUUCCUAGUGCAGAGGCAGAGCUGAUAUUUCUAGAGGAAUCGCCAGACUAUUGUACCCGCAAUUCCAGCCUGGGCAUCCAUGGCACAGAGGGUCGAGAGUGCCUGCAGAAAAGCUGCAACACAUCCCAGUGGGAGCAGUGCAGCUGUGGGCGCCUGUGCACCGAGUGUGGGCUGCAAGUGGAAGAGAGGAGAACUCAUGCCAUACGAAGUUGUAAUUGUAAAUUCCACUGGUGCUGCACAGUCAAGUGCGACCAAUGCAGGCAUGUGGUGAACAAGUACUACUGCGUGCGUUCCCCAGGCAGUGCCUGGGACAACGGAAGUGCCUGAUGAUAACCCACACAAACUCACUUGCUCAGGUGGAUGGCAGUGGAGAAGGAUACAGCUUUCCUGGAGAACAGACUGAAAAACUAGAAAAUCACAGUCUGCAGCCCUCAUAAUAUCUGCUAUAGAUGGGGAAAUGGACACCCAAGAUCAUACAAUGUAUUCAUGGCAGAGCUGAAGUUAUAGCCUGAGCCUGCUGACUUGGGCAGACCCAGUGUUUCCUGUACAUUGCUUCCUGGUGUUUGUGCCUGUAGUUAUGCAGCUUGCUACAGAGCCCAGGUCCAGGGGAACCCUGGUAUUUGAUACCAAGGUACUUGGUGCUUUAAGUUUCAGGCCACAAACAGCUCUACUGCUGGGAAACAGCAGGAAAAGAAGCAGUUUUAUUCAGACCCUGAAGGAGCAACCUCCUCCCAUUCUGGCCCCAGAAAGACCAACUGCAAAUGCAUGCCGAUAUAUGAGGCAGAGACCACCUAUCUCCUAUUGCAAAGAUUUUAGAGUGUUGGAUAUUUCACCUGAGAAUGAACUUUUGAAAAGUUUUCCCGGGUUAAGCCUGGGGAAACCAGGGCUCAACAUAACCUGAGGACGUUUCCUACUCAUAAACCAUCUCUUGAGCCAAGGAGAGGGAAUGGUCACAGUAAGUGGACAGGUGACUACAACUUACCACACAAGGUCCUACAAGAGGGAUCCUCCCCCCCUCCAAAGCUAAAAAACAUCUGUUAUUUUCCCAAAUUGGGAACUCAUUCAUUUUGCAAUAAAUGCUUCUGAUA